AUGGACGAGGUGUCGGACAACCGGCAUACUGUGAUCAUUGAAGCCAGUCAGCUUGCUGGCGGCUCUUCAGGCAAGGCGGGAGGUCUUGUUGCCACAUGGGCAGAUCCACAAUGUAUCGCACCGCUCAGUCAUCAGCUUCACACCCAAUUGUCGGAGGAGCAUAACGGCCAAAGACGUUGGGGUUAUCGGAGCGUUCAUUGUGCUGAUGUGGACGCCAUGGGAGAGGCUGUUGGGCAUGUGACAACAGAGCAGAAUGGAUCUCAGUUCCACCCUCACGCUAUGUCUGCGCCUAAGGCUGCCGAUCUUCCGCCGAAAUUGAAUUGGAUCAUACCUGAAAGCAUAACGUCGUACAGUGAGCUGGGAACUCCGGAAGACACAGGACAGGUGCACCCAUACCUGUUCACAACCAGCAUAGCCUCUUUAGCGGAACAGAGAGGCGUCAAGAUCAUUCUCGGCACGGUGAAGAAGAUCAAUUACUCGCGGGAUGGUAGAAAGGCUGAGUCGGUGACCUAUAAUUUGAAAAACACUUCCGGAAUGCACACACUCCUAGCUACGGAUAUCGUGAUUGCUACCGGCCCAUGGACCAAAUUUUUGUAUCCAGCUGCUCCCAUCAAAGAGUCGAGGAACCACAGCAUCGUCGUUCGUCCGGCAAAUCCUACAUCGGCAUAUGUGCUCUUUCCCGAGCUCCAUCCGAAGGUUCCCCAGAAGCGCAUACCUCCAGAGAUAUACUCUCGACCAGAUGGAACGAUCUAUUCAUGUGGGCCUAGUGAUGACGACGUUCCAUUGCCCGAGACCAGCGACUUGGUCCAUGUUAACCAAGAAGUCUGUGAUACCAUUUACAAAGAUAUCAGCAGUAUAUCACACGAGAUACGGAACGGAGAGGUCUUGAUCAAUCAGGCUUGUUACCGACCCAUUGUCCAGGGCAGAAAUCGUGACAUUGGGCCUCUUGUAGGACCAACAGGUAUACGAUCUUUGUGGCUGGCUGCGGGCCAUGAUUCGUGGGGCAUUCAAAACGGUCCAGCAACAGGGAAGAUCAUGAGUGAGAUGCUACUUGAAGGAGAGGUGCGAAGUGCAGAGGUGGCAAGUUUAGAUCCAAGGAAAAUGCUCAAUGUACCUUAG